ACAAUCAUGUUGAAAUCUACGGUAUACAUUUCUGUAUAAGUAGCAGAAAUAUUUUCGUAAAAUCAAAUAACAACUUAAAAAGUAAUUAUUAUCUUUGCUGUAAUAAAAUAUAAAGCAAUAUAAAGAAUCAUCCAAGGUGUCACUGCGUUAGUUGGAGGUCAAAAUCGUGGCGUAUGUGCAGUAAGAUGGCAGGCUUAUUGUUGUGCGUAAUGCGCGUUUCAUUUUUAUUUCUUAUUAAUUCAAUCCUUGUGUCUUCUAACUCCGUCAACAAAGCAGUGCAAAAUGUACCAGAACCCUUAGUUCAAAGUGCCUUGAAUUCUUUAAAUCAGGAUUCUCCGACACAUCAUACAUAUAAGGGCGGUAACCUGAUUAGCGCGCAAAAACUGGAAGAGUUACCAUAUAUAAUAUAUAGACUUACAUUUGAUUUAACUCCCACUUGCAAAGAAGCAUUAGAACCUUGUCCUCGAGAAGCAUGUACUGUUGAAGUAAAACAGCAUGAAGAUGGAGAUAUAAAAGUUUUACGAGAAUCUAUACAAUGUAUGUACUUGUAUCCUCAAUCUGUGCAGGAUGAGCCAUUGCAAGUACAAGAAAAUAAUCAAGAUCAGGAGAUUGUCGACAAUUUGGACAAACAAAUAAUCAAUAAUCAUGAAGUUAAGCUAGAUCAUGAAAUUCAGAAAAGUGGUGACCACAAUGAUAGACCAUUUAUAGCAAUGAGAUCCUCGAAUCCUAAUUACUGUCCAGGAUGUCCAUAUGAACUAAAUCCAAACUUGCCUGGAGUAAUUGCUUUUGGAGAGCAAAUAGUAAAAUCAAUGGAUGAAUUAAUACAAAAUGAUUUCAAACACAAAGUAGUUGGUAUUGUGAAAGUAACCCGUACUGUACCACCUUCAUCCAAUGUUAUACAAUAUCAAAUUUUAUUACAUGUAGGAGAAUCUGAUUGUUUAAAAAAUGCAGUAGAACAGUCAGAAUGUUCUGUACAAACAAAUCUUCCCAUCAAAGUAUGUUUGGUAACAUUUGAAGAACAACCUUGGCAACAAUCUAGUCGCAAAAUAACAAAGAACAAUUGUACUGUGGUAGAUAAUGUAGAAACUAUUAAUUCUUAUUCAACAUUAACUAGUGAAUCACUUGCAACAGCUGCACCUAAUAAAGAACAAAUGAAUCCUGAAAAAUUAGAAGCUUUAGAAAAUUUAAAAGAUAUUCUUGAUAAUUACACUUAUGCUACAACCACAAAAUUAGAAGAACAGGAACAAUCAGAAGUAACAGAGCACCCUAUGAUAAAAGUUACAGUGAAUGGAAGUGAUGAUGAUGCUAAAGCUAAAGGAUUUGAAGAUAAAACUAAAGAAUUUGGUGAAUUUCUGAAAGAUUUUGAUUUACCAACAAGGGAAGUUCAGUCAAAUCCUGAAAUAAAUAGGGAAGAAGUUACAGAAGAGAUCAUUAUUCCAAAAAAAGUAAAUUCUAGAAUGAAUAAAUCCUUGCAUAGAAACAAAAGAAAAUCUAAUGUCGGCGCACCUCAUAGUAAAAAUGUUAAUGAUCCUGAAAUACAGCAGCUUGCUACCAAAGGAUUGAAAAAAUUCUCAGAAAAUUCUGAAGGUUCAAACGAGCCUAUAAUAGUAGAAAUUGUUGAUGCUUCAGAACAAGUAGUAUCCGGAUUAUUAUAUAAAAUAAAAGUUAAAUUAGGUACAAGUGAUUGUGCAAAAGGUACAAAAAAUAAUUGCCAGCUGGAAGAAGGAAGUGAAAUUAAAGAAUGUUUGUUCACUAUAUGGUCUCAGCCAUGGUUAGAUAAAGGAUCACCUCAAAUUACUAUUAACUGUGAUUUAAACAAUCGACGAAAACGAUCCUUACGAGGUGCUCAAUAUAAUCAAAAAAUGUUGAAAUUAGCUGAGGAAGUCAAAGACGACGUUUUGUUUAAAGAUUUCACUACAAAAUUUAACAAAACAUACUCUUCAGCCAAAGAGAAACAAUAUCGUUUUAAAAUCUUUAAACAGAAUUUGAUAAAUAUUAAUAUACUUCAAACAUUAGAACAAGGAACAGCUGAAUACGGUGUUACGAUGUUUGCAGACUUAACACGCAAAGAAUUUCAAGCUCGUUAUUUAGGUCUUCGACCCGAUUUAAAACUAGAAAAUAAUAUAUCUCUUCCAGAGGCUGAGAUACCAGACAUUCCAACACCAUUACCACCUAAAUUCGACUGGCGCGAUUACGGUGCAGUUACGCCUGUGAAAAAUCAAGGACAAUGUGGAUCAUGUUGGGCCUUUUCUGUAACUGGAAACGUAGAAGGACAGUAUGCAAUUAAACAUGGAAAAUUAUUGUCUUUAUCUGAACAGGAAUUAGUUGAUUGCGAUUCUUUAGAUGAAGGAUGUGAAGGAGGAUUAAUGGAUAAUGCUUAUAAAGCUAUAGAAAGGUUGGGAGGUCUCGAAUUAGAAACAGAUUAUCCUUACGAUGCCAAAAAUGAAAAAUGCCACUUCCUUAAAAAUAAAGCUAUGGUGCAAGUUGCUGCAGCUGUAAAUAUUACAUCGAAUGAAACGAAAAUGGCACAAUGGUUAGUUAAAAAUGGCCCAAUUUCUAUUGGUAUUAACGCCAAUGCUAUGCAAUUUUACGUUGGAGGAAUUGCACAUCCAUUUAAAUUUUUGUGUGACCCUGAAACCAUAAAUCAUGGAGUUUUAAUUGUAGGAUACGGCAUGAAGGAGUAUCGCCUCUUCAACAGAAAACUACCGUACUGGAUAAUAAAGAACAGUUGGGGCCCACGAUGGGGCGAGCAGGGUUAUUAUAGAAUUUAUAGAGGGAAUGGUGCCUGUGGACUUAAUACAAUGGCUUCAAGUGCUAUAGUUACAUAGCAAUGACAUUUAUAAAACUAAAGUCUUUCAUAAUGAUAUUUAAUAUACUUGAAAUAAAAUU